AUGGCGUCCAAGACCUUCAACGUGGGCGUUGUGGGAUACGGCUUCAGCGCCAAGAUCUUUCAUAUCCCCUUCAUCACUGCCGUCCCUGACUUGAAGCUGUAUGCUAUUGUGCAGCGCACACCCAAGCCAGACGACAAUGCCGAGAAGGAUCACCCCGGUGUCAAGCUGUACCAUUCUGCAGACGACUUGGUGAAGGACUCUCAGGUCGAUGUCGUUGUGAUCACCACAGCACCUGACUCCCAUUAUGCAUUGACGAAGUUGGCACUAGACGCCGGCAAGCACGUCGUGGUCGAGAAGCCCUUCGUCCCGACCUACAAAGAGGCGGCAGAAUUAGUAGCAUUGGCCGAGAAGCAAAAGAAACUUCUUGCCGUAUACCAAAACCGCCGUUGGGAUGCGGACUUUGUCACGCUGUCUAAACUUGUCAAGAAUGGCUCAUUGGGUCGAGUGGUGGAAUACGAGAGCCAUUUCGACCGCCAUCGUCCCGAAAUCCCUGCGGCUUCUACUUCCUGGAAGACCAAGGUCAUGCCAGCAGGUGGUGCGAUUUACGAUCUGGGAACACAUUUACUGGACCAAGCUGUCUAUUUGCUCGGCUUGCCUCAGCGUGUCACGGCUUUCAUUGGCAGCCAACGAGAAAACAACACCUCUGGCUUCGAGGACUCCUUUACGGUUCUCUUCCAUUACGACAACGGUCCAUUGGUGACAGCCAAAGCCGCGGUCGUGAGCCCUGAGGAAAAGCAACUCCGCUUCUGGGUGAGGGGUGACAAGGGAAGCUUUAAGAAAUUCCACCUAGAUGUCCAGGAAGAGCAAUUGAAGGCUGGUAUCCUACCAGGGAACAGCGUGUACGGUUUGGAGCCCAGCGACAGAUAUGGUGUUCUCACCACGAUACAGAACGACCAACCCGUUGCGGAGACUGUUCCUACUGUCGAAGGGCCAACAUGGGUGGAAUAUUAUCGCAAGCUUGCGCGUGCUCUCUCCGGUGAAGGGGAUCUUCCCGCAAGCGGUGCCGAGGCGAGCCAGGUCAUCCGGCUCAUCGAGCUAGCUCAAGAGAGCUCCAAACAGGGCAAGACUCUGACUGUAUAA